ACUAUCACACAAAUGUGACUGGUGUUAAAGAGUUGAGCUUGAUAUGUCAAGCUCUAUCUUUCUCUAUGGAAUUCAUUCAUUCAUUCAUUCAUAUCUACUCUCCAACUCCACCUCUCAAAAUAUCAAAAGGACUACUCUAUAAAUAGAUAUAUUCUGUAGCAUAGAGAUGGAUACAGGCAGGGGCAACCAGAGAACAUACUAUAAUACAAGGAUGGAAUUGGGUGGUGGAUUUGUUUUGUGCGCGGUGCUGCUGGCCGCGGUGGCUGAGCUCGUGGGAAGAGCUACCGCGGCCACCUAUGUUGUCGGAGAUAAUCUAGGAUGGAAUGUCCCUAGUAGCGUCGAUGAGUACUCCAGUUGGGCUAGUCGCCAUGUUUUUACGCCUGGGGAUGUUCUAAUGUUCAAUUUCGUGACAGGGGAACAUGAUGUGGCUGAAGUGAGAAAGGCAGCAUACGAUGAGUGUAGCUCCAACGACCCCAUCCUGCUGUCUACCGUCGGGCCGUGGAACACUACUCUCAACUCCACCGGAGAACACUACUACAUUUGUACCUUUGGCAGGCACUGCUCCUUGGCCCAGAAGUUGGCUAUCAACGUCACUGCCCCCUCUCCGACACCGCCUCCUUCCCCCCCUAUGCUCCCAACCCCAACCCCAACCCCAACCCCGGCCUCUACACCACCAAUGUCAGGAUCACCAUCUCCGAUUCCACCACCAACACAGAUGCCAAGAUCACCAUCUCCGACUCCGUCACCAACACCAAUGUCAGGAUCACCAUCUCCGACUCCAUCACUGAUGGGAUACGAACUAAACAACUAAACAAUAAUUGCGAGCCCAAUAGCAGUGACGGCCCAUCAGCCCAAAACCCAAGAAAGAGUAUCAGUUCGGCACAACCAAAGAGUUCGGUCACAGCCUAU